CGUGAGGAGAAUUCGAAGCUCGAGAUGUUAGAAGGUGCAAAAUUAAUGGGUAUAGGAGUUGCUACAAUUGCUUCAGUGGAAGCUGCUAUCGGUAUUGGAAACAUCCUUAGUUCCUCGACUCAUUUCGUGGUGCGAAAUCCAUCAUUUGCAAAAAAAUUAUUUGGCUAUGCCAUUUUGGGCUUUGCUCUAACCGAAGCUAUUGCUUCAUUUGCCCCGAUGAUGGCCUUUUUGAUAUCAUUCAUAUUCAAAAUUCAUUAG